AUGUCCUCUUCAGAUGGAGAAAGCGUGUUUUUAACACAAAACAAGUUUAGAGAAGUUGAUGAACAAGAAAACAACACGGAUGGCAUUCUCAGUGAUAUUUUGGAUUUGGAAAGAGAACAUCCAAAAAAACAACCGAAUUUUGACCUCAAAGUAGAUAUUUUUUCGGAUAUUUCUGACGAGGAACUUGUUAAGGCCACCCAAGACAUAGAAGGAAAAGAAAAUAUUGAAAGGUUUGCACGGCUCAAUCAAGAAGAUUUGGAUAAUUUGGUUAAAAAAGGUUUAUCGAAGAAAACAGAGCAAAAGUCAAAGUGGGCAAUGACUCUAUUUACGAACUGGCAAAAUGAACGAAAGCGUAUGUUACCAAACCAUGAUACAUUUAUGUACCAGGAUUUUAUGAUAAUGAGUGAUGAGGAAAUCAACAAAACAAUGAGUUUCUUUGUAGCUGAAGUGAGGAAUAAAUCUGGAGAGGAUUACAGACCCAAUAGCUUGUAUGAAAUUGUGUGUGCAAUUCAACACAAAUUACGACAUGAAGGUAGAUUCAUAAACUUUUUGGAUGAUGAUAAAUUUCACGAUAUGCGCAGUAUUCUUGAUUCAAAGAUGAAAGAACUCUCUGGGCGAGGCAUGGGGAUAGAGCGGAAACGGGCAGAGAUCAUAACUGAGGCUCAAGAAGAUGAAAUGUGGUCCAAGGGAGUUUUAGGAAGAGAUACACCUCAAAAACUCUUAGAUACUCUACUGUUUCAACUAGGACUACAUUUUGCACUACGAGCAGGACAGGAACACAGAAACUUGAGGGUUGGGACAAACAGUCAGAUUUCUCUUUCCAUGGAUGCAUCUGGACUGCGAUAUCUCGAAUAUAGAGAGGAUGUCUCCAAAACAAAUCGCGGUGGGCUCCAGCACAAAAAUCUGCAACCUAAAGUUACCAGAGCAUACCAGAACAAGAAUGUUCCCGAGAGAUGUCCUGUGCUCACGCCUGAAGCUGGUAAAACCAAUGCUCUCUAUUUGCGACCUCUGCGGUACCCCCCAGAUUCCACUCGGUACGCCGACUCCCCUGUUGGAGUACACACUCUUCAACAGACCGUCGCAAAACUGUGUAAAAUAGCAGGAUUUACUGGCCACUACACAAACCAUAGCCUCAGAGCAACCGCCGCAACACGCCUUUACGAUGCUGGCAUUGAUGAGCAGCUAAUAACCGAGAAAACUGGACACCGCUCGACAUCUGUUAGAUCGUAUAAAAGAACAAAUGAAGAACAACAGCAAAGAGUGAGCAAAAUCAUUCACGGUGAAAAUCAGUGUGAUGUAGCUAUCAAGAAAGCCAAAACCGCAGCCGAAAGUGAUUCUAAUGUGUGUGCACCAGCUGGUGCUAUGCUUACCUGUAACUGUCCAAUAAGUUGUAAAAAAGUGUCCACUAUUUUUAAUAGUGGACAGUUUUUCCAACUUACUGGACAGUUACAG